GGAUUCUACUUCCUGCCCGCACUGCGCUCACCCCAGGCUCCUGCACCAUGUUCAACCCUGCAGCCUCCAGCUCCUACAGUGCAUAUGCUGCUUUCCACAACCUUUGGUACUUGGCCCUUACCCAGCAGCAGGCUCCUGCCCUGCUCGGAGGCCAGCAGCAGCCCCUGGCCGGUCCCUUUCCCUUUCGGUGGUUGUGGAAUAGAGUGCCUCCUGUGAGCAGCCUCCUGGAAAAGACCUUUCCCCCGCUCGCCACCGUGAAGACACCUGGUCAACAGAUUCUCCCUGCUCCAGAAAACAACAACUCACCAACAACAAGGAGAAAAAGAUCUACGAAAACUAAGAAAGAGGUGGCAGAACAACCAGUAAUUUCAGAGCAACAGACAGAUGACAUAGAGCAAAGUACGGAGCCAGCCACAGUGCCUGAGAAGUGCCUCACAGCUUCUGAGGGUGAGGAGAACACUACUGCUCAAGAGAAAGGUGAGCCUGGAGAGGGCCUCCCUGUGAUGAGUGGACCACAGACUGCUCAAGUAAAAAGUGAGCCCGGAGAUGGCCUCCCUGUGAUGCAGAGUGGAACACCAACUUCUCAAGUAAAAAGUGAGCCUGUAGAGGGUCUCUGCAUGAUAAGCAGUGGACCACCGACUGCUCAAGUGAAAGGUGAGCCUGGAGAUGGCCUCCCCAGGAUGAGCAGUGGACCUGUGAGUGCUCAAGUGAAAAGUGAGCUGAAAGAAAGCAUCCCUGUGAUAAUCAGGGGACCACCGAGAGCUCAUGUCAAAGUGGCUGACAGAACAAAUGCAAUGUGGUCUGAGGGACGAUAUGACUAUGAAAGGCUUCCAAGAGAACGAGUGCCUCCUCGCAGUGACCCCAGUGAUGGCUACCAUAGAGUAGUUAAUAUUGUGCCAAAGAAACCACCACUGCUAGAAAAGAAACCUCCACUGCUAGAAAAGAAACCACCACUGCUAGAAAAGAAACCACCACUGCUAGACAGACCUGGUGAAGGAAGCUACAGUAGAUAUUACAGUCAUGUUGGUUACCGAGAAUAUGACCAGGGCCGCAGUUUUUCUCACGAUCGAAGAAGUGGUCCACCUCACAGAGGAGAUGAAUCUGGCUAUCGAUGGUCAAGAGAUGAUCAUUCUGCAAGUCGACAGACUGAUUACAGGGAGAUGAGAGAUGGCUUUAGAAGAAAAAAUUUCUACUCUUCCCAUUAUAUGAGAGACCGGUCUCCUCAUAAAAGAGAUGCUCCUUUUUUUCGAGAAUCAUCUGUAGGCCGAAAGGACUCUCCACACAGCAGAUCUGGCUCCAGUGUCAGUAGUCGAAGCUACUCUCCAGACCGAAGCAAAACGUACUCUUUCCAUCAGUCUCAACAUAGAAAGCCUGUGCGUGCUGGUGCCUGCUGCAAGCGGCAGAAUGAAGGAAAGCCAGAAAGAGGUAAAGAGAGACAAGUCCAGUCUUUGAAAACAUCAAGAGACACUUCACCGUCAAGUUCUUCAGCAGGUCCUUCAUCAAAGGUGUUAGAUAAACCCAGCAGGCUAACUGAAAAGGAAUUUGCUGAGGCUGCGAGCAAGUGGGCUGCUGAAAAGCUGGAGAAGUCAGAUGAGAGCAGCUCGCCUGGGAUUUCUGAGUUCCAGGCGGGACCUACAGCACCAUUGUUUUCUGAGCAGCCGGAGGAGCCAGAGACCAAUGCAGCAGACAGCACAGGAUUAUUGGAAGACAGUCAGCGCAGCAGUCGUUCUAAAGCAAUAGCAUCGAAAACCAAAGAGAUUGAACAGGUUUACCGACAAGACUGCGAAACUUUCGGGAUGGUGGUGAAAAUGUUGAUUGAAAAAGAUCCUUCCCUAGAAAAGUCUAUACAGUUUGCACUGAGGCAGAAUUUACAUGAAAUAGGCGAGCGGUGUGUUGAAGAACUCAAGCAUUUCAUUGCAGAGUAUGAUACGUCUACUCAAGAUUUUGGAGAGCCUUUUUAGUGCUCAAGCAAAUAAAUGUUCCUAGAUUUUUUUCCCCUGGAUUGUGUAAAUCCUUAAUAUAUGGAAUUUUUGUGAUGAAGAGAAAUACUUUAUGAGUUUUCAUUAUCAAAUAAACGUCUAACAUUGUCUGUUUAAAAUAUUUUAAUUAGAAUUUUUUCUUCAAGUAGGAACCUCCUAAUCCAUAUUCAUCUUUCAAAUGAUGGUAAGUUAAUUGUUUAAGCUUUAAAGAAGCAGUCCUGGAGAGCAGUUUUCUAUACUUACUCAUGUUCCAUAAGCCCCCAAGAGUGUGAUUGGUUUAGUCAUGUGUGUAGCGUACAGGUUAGAGAUCCACUUAAACAUUAGUCUUUUGGCAUUUCAUAGUGAAUGAUACCAUGUGGAGAUAUUGGAAUUCUGAGUUGUGAUUUUUAUUAACUUGUCGCUUGCUUGUCUUAGGCUUCAUUAGUUUUAAUAUGCCAAAGUAAUAUUAUAAAGUGAAUUCUGUGGUAUCUUAGAGGGUAUUUGCUUUGCGUAUAAUUCUCAUUCAUUGAUAAAACAGACCACUCAAAAUCUCUGAAAGGCAUCAGAAUAUGACCUCUUUUCUUAGUAAAUGUACUCAGUAUGUCCCUUCUAUUAAAAUAACUCCUAAAGCUCUUAACCAUCCUGACAUUUUAGUUUCAUGUGAAAGACUAAUAGAAGGGGUAAUUUGAGAUGGAAGGUGAAUAUUUUAAAGUUGAUAUCGUUUGAAAACCUUUUUGAUCAAUUGAGGAAAAAUUUAAAAUAUAUGACUACUGGAGUUUUAUUUUUAUAAGCCCAUACUCUGUACUCAGAAAUAAGUAAAACAAUGCUUAGAAUGAAAUCAUUUACAGAUUUUUGUUGUUACUUUGUGAUCUUAUGAGUUCUUUGUUCUGCUGACUUUGAGAGGUACAUAGUCUUACCUAAUGUUCUUGAAAAAACACAACAAAAAUAGGCAGUAAGGGCUGGCUGUGGUGGCUCAUACCUAUAAUCCCAGCACUUG